AUGGCAGGAUCGACGACAGGCACGAUGAGUCAGGUAUUCGAAGGAUAUGAGCGUCAAUACUGCGAGAUUUCAGCCAAUUUAUCACAUAUAUGUGCGUCGGCCAGUGUUCUUGAUGGAGAGCAGAAGAAACAGAGGGUUUCAGAAAUAGCAGGAGGAAUAGAAGAGGCCGACACUCUGUUACGCAAAAUGGACCUUGAAGCAAGGAGCACACCAGCUGGCACCAAGGCAUCGCUUCUUGCCAAGAUUCGUGAAUACAAAAACGACCUCAACAGCCUCAAAACUGAAUUGAAAAGACUCCAGCCCAGCAACCCUAAUGCUAAUGCUGCUCGAGGUGAGCUACUUGAAUCAGGAAGACCAGAUGCAAUGCAGGUGUCAGCUGAUCAGAGAGGAAGACUGAUGAUGUCAACUGAGAGGUUAAACAAGUCAACCGACAGAGUCAAGGAAAGUAGAAGAACAAUGAUGGACACCGAAGAGCUCGGUGUUUCAAUCCUCCAUGACUUACACCAGCAACGCCAGUCUCUCCUCCAUGCAAACACCACGCUCCAUGGGGUGGAUGAUACUAUUGGAAGGAGCAAGAAACUUCUGACAAAUAUGUCAAGGAGAAUGAACAGGAACAAAUGGAUCCUAGCUUCCAUUGUUACAAUCCUAGUUCUUGCAGUCAUUCUCAUCCUUUACUCCAAGCUCACUUGUUAGCUCUCACAAUCUCAU